CACAGAAAGGCGCUGUCUGUACAGUCUGAAUUCAUGCCAAGAUGUACGCGCCACAGCGCUUCUAUCUGCUCAUCUACAUGAUAUUGGCAGCUGCAGCCAUCCCAAUUUCUUCAGCUUUCAACGUUGACACAACAAACCCUCGCUUUUAUAAAGGCGAGCAGAAAGAUUUCUUUGGAUACAAGGUGCUCCAGUACAAGUCGCCCAAGGACAAAGGGGUGAUCAUUACUGCACCGCUGCGGCAAAAUGGAUCAGGGGGGAUCUCCAAGUUCGCCCAAAAUGAGACUCGAUUGUGGUUCAAUGGUUCUUCACAUUCGUAUUCAGCCAAGCAUCUCGGCUUGUCAAUAACCACGGACACAGAAUCCCGGUUUAUUGCCUGCAGUCCAAGCCUCGCUCAUCCAUGCGAUGAGAACGUCUAUCUGAACAGUCUGUGUUAUAACAUCACACAUGAUUUUGAGCUGCUGUCUUCUUUCAAGCCUUUGUUCCAAAAAUGCAUAAAAAAGGCUGUAGAUCUUGUGUUUCUGUUUGAUGGAUCCGAGAGCAUGACCGGCACAGAAUUUGAACAAAAUAAAAAAUUCAUAAUAGGCAUGAUGGACUAUUAUGCCAAAAAUACAUCUAUCAAGUUUGCAGCAGUUCAGUUCUCAACAACCUACAAGGCAGUGUUCGACUUUAAUGAUUACGCUGAUGGUACGGCUCAAGACAAACUUAUCAAAGAACCGCAUAUGAAGGGUCUAACCAACACAUACAGGGCCCUUAACUUUACACUGUACGAACUCUUGGAAAAUAAAGCAGCAGGAGCCUCAAAAGAUGCAAAUAAAGCUGUGGUGAUAAUCACAGAUGGAGAUCCAAGUGAACUGGAUAAACCUUACAACAGUGUUGAAACCUAUAAUAGCAAAGAAGUCAUUCGAGUUGUUAUUGGGGUUAAGAUUAAAGAUAAUCAAUUCAGCAAAUUAAAAGCAAUUGCAUCAAAUCCAAAAGAUAAAAAUGUCUUCAAAAUUGAAAACUAUGAUGGACUUAAUGGACUACUGGAAAAUUUUCAGAAACAAAUCUUCGCUAUUGAAGGAUCUAAUGGGACUCGAUCUGGAGAACUGAGUAAUGAAAUGGCGCAAAGUGGAUUCAGUGCCGUCUCACACAAGGACACCUUGAUUCUGGCCUCAGUGGGUUCAAAGACUUGGCGUGGGACUCUCAAUGAUUAUCAGAAUCCAAACAAGGCGAUAUUAGACCCAGAAAUGCAAGAGGCCUCCUACAUGGGAUACUCUCUUUCUGUUGGAGAAAGAAAUGGCAUUUCUUUGUAUUUCACGGGCGCCCCACGUUUCAAUCACAUGGGAGAGGUUGUAGUUUUCCGACGUGAUGAAGACAAGUGGCCAAUAGUUCAAAGAUUAACUGUGGACCAGAUUGGUUCCUAUUUUGGUGCGGAGCUGUGCUCAGUGGACAUUGACUCAGACGGUAACACUGACUUCCUGCUGGUUGGUGCUCCAAUGUUUUUCCUUCCCGAGGAGAGAAAAGAAGGGUCGAUUUACGUCUACGCCCUGUCUGAUGAGAUCGACCUAAUGAGGGUGCUUCACGUGAAAGCACCGUCCAUGGGCAGAUUUGGCACCACCAUAUCCAGUCUUUUAGAUCUGAAUGGAGAUGGUCUCCGCGAUGUUGCAGUGGGAGCCCCCCUGGAAGAGAACAACGCCGGAGCGGUCUACAUCUACCUUGGACAAAAAGGCACAGGGAUGCGCAACAUUUCCGGCCAGAGAAUCACAGGAGCACAAAUUGAUCCUGGAUUGAGAUUUUUUGGUCAGUCCAUCAAUGGAGAUAUCGAUCUUGGAGACGAUAUGUUGCCAGAUAUUGUGGUGGGAUCCCAAGGUGCUGCUGUUGUCUUAAGAUCCAAACCUGUGUUAGAUAUCAAGGCUAAGCUGUCAUUUUAUCCCAGUGUGAUAAGCAUUCAGGAAAUCAACUGCUUGGACAAGACGGAGGACAAACCUUUACCAAUGACUAACAUAACAGCUUGCUUUGAAAUGGUAGAAGUAACAAACAGCACUGCAGAGCCAGGAAUCAAGAUCACAUUCAUCCUCAAAGUGGAUCCAAUGAGGCAAUCAAGUCGAGGUUUCUUCAUUGAAAAUGGAAAAAGUAGACGGAAUAUUACACAUACCAAGGAGCUGACUGACAAGGAAACAUGCUUCAACUAUUCCAUCUCCAUGAAUAAAUGUAUACAAGAUACAUUAUCUCCUGUCAACAUCAAGUUAAACUUUUCCCAAGAUUUCAAUGAGAUUUCAACAGCCAUUCUUAACAUAGACAGCAAAAGACGGGCUUUUGUUAAGGUUCCUUUCGAAAAACGCUGUGAAAAAGAAAUCUGCAUUGCUGAUCUUAAAGUGGAUUUUGAUUUUCUGUCUAAGGAACUAUUAGUGGCAAAAGAAACCACCAUCAAAAUUUGGAUAAAACUCCACAAUAGGGCUGAUGACUCGUACAACACCAGCCUGACGAUGCUCUACCCCGAAGGCCUCUCUUUCUCGAUGUUGGAUCAAACAGGGAACAAGAAACUAACUCAAAUCUGCGCGGAUCAAGAAAAACUUAAUGAAACCGUUUGUGGGAUAAGCCUUCCCGUAUAUCGCAGCAAAUCCUCUGCCAUGUUUACUGCUACUUUUCGCACCAAAGAUUUUGAGUGGAAUGACACAAUGCUGAUGACAGUCUUUGCAAAAAGUGAAAAUUCAAACUCCAGCGAGAGUUCUUCUAUGACCAAAAGUAUUCCUGUAAAAUAUUCUGUUGGAAUGACCACAGCAGUAAAUGACACAUCUGUUGAGAACCUGGAGUUCACUCCAGAAAAUUAUAAAGCGCAAAAAAUGACAACUGUAUACAAGAUAUACAACGCAGGUUUUAAGGAUUUUCCCAUCAACGUGUCCCUCUUCUUCCAAGAGAAACUGGAACACGACUUUGAAAUUAAAAACUACAGAGUUAUUGUCGAGCCAAACAAUACACUGUGCUCAAAAAUGUCCACCCCAAAAGCUGAGGACUGCCCAUGGAAAGAAAACUGUGUGGCCAUAAAAUGCGAUACAUUUAUGUUAAAAAACUAUUCAAAUGUUUACGUUUCCCUGUUGGGGGAUGUGCAUUUCCGAAAUCUGGAAAACUACGAAUCUAAUAUGCCCUUUCUGAAAAAAUAUACUGGAGUCCACGGAGAGGUCAAAUUUAACAGCACUUUGGAAGUUCACUAUAAUGGUAAUAGAUACGUGCUGUCUUCCCAGAAAAACGAGAAAAACAAGAACUACACAGUAGAACAAUCAGCUACAGUCACAGUUGAGUUUAAAGUGCCUCAACAUAGGAAUCUGAUCAUUGUGACUGGAGUGAUACUGGGAUUUAUCCUUCUGAUCAUACUCACAGUCAUCAUGUGGAAGUGCGGCUGCUUCAAGAGGAAAACCAUUGAGGAUUUCAAAGAGGAAAUGGAUGACUUGCCUGCUCAGACAAUAACCUCGUCUGUGUCAUAUAAUAAAUUUGAACAAGUGGAAGAGGAAAAAAAGCCUCUUAAUGCGGACGAGGACAAAGUCAAACCCUCAGCUAAUGCUAAUGCUAAUGAAAAAGUGGAUUUUUAGGGCCGAACCAGCUCAAACGUGGCGAAAGUUGGGACUAAAAUUUAGAGGUUAUUUCUGAUAUUUACAAAGUUUUUUUCUUUUCUUCUAUUUUUUUUUUUUUACAUUUUCAAAAAAGAAAAACGGAAAUGAACAACUAAAUCAAUUUAUGUGUCUUGCAAUGAGUGAUCAGAUCUAGUUGAGUCCGAAAGCUGAGAAACAAAACCAGCAUAGUUUAGCAGCCUAGUGGAGUCCCGUCUUCACUGAUGUCUCUUUUUCAGCGUGAUACACUUUCAUCUUGCAGCAGCUGGAUUAGUGGAUGAUCUUCCAAUAAAAUGAGGGGCCCUCGAUUUCAGCUUUUUAAGAUGUAGCUAGUAUGGGAGCUUUAUUUUCAUAUCUGUUUUAUAUCUUUACUAAAGUGAGAGAAAGAAAGAAAAAAGGGGAUAGUACACUGUGUUGAUGCCGAAUUGUUGUGAUAAUUUGGUUCGGCUUUUUAUGCGGAUUCGGUUAAUAAAUUUAUGUUUGACUUGACCUCAGACUCUGAAGGGACUGCAACGCAGAGCAAAGUCUUUCUUUGAGCUGUUCUUGCCUGAGGCAGGGAACAAGACUGAGCUGGAUGUAUGAAUGAUGUAAUAUAAAUACAAAUGCCUUGCAGAAAACUCUGAAUGGAACACCGUUUACCAGGAUGCUUAUUGUGGUUUAUGGUUUCUGUCUUUUCUGUUUGUCUGUAAGGAGUUUUAGUGUAAGAUUGUAUUAUUGAAUGCUUUUGUUUUAAUUUGAUUUGCAUUUCUUGUUUUACGUACUGUUUAAAAUCAUUCCUUGGAUUGAGGUGUUUAUUUCCUAUCAACCAAGCUUUUAAGUCUGAUUCCACCAUAUAUAAUUGUUCAAUGUACGCCAGUGUUUGGUUUAAUGGUACAUUCUAGCAUCCUGCCAUUGUGUGUGUGUGUGUGUGUGUGUGUGUGUGUGUGUGUGUGUGUGUGUGUGUGUGUGUGUGUGUGUGUGUGUGUGCGUGUGUGUGGUGGGCGCGUGCGUGUGUGUGUGUGUAAAUUGCUGAUUGCUAAAGAAGUGAAGCAAGACAGCUUUUAUUUAUCAUCAGUCAUUAUGUAGUGAAUCAGCCAUAUGCUGUUUCACACUGGAAAGCAUUUACAUUAACCUCAUUUCAAAGUAAGGACUCUACAGCAGUGCUUUUAGGUCAACAUGUUGUGAAGUAUUUUGAAAAUGUAUUAAAUAAAAUAUUGGCCUUUUCCAGGAAA